AAAAGCAGGUGGUGCAUGGUAGAGAUUGGUAGUAUUAUUUAAAAGUUAAAUGUGGAAGUAGUAUACCGUGCACAGUUGGUGAAUAAACCUAUAUUCUCCCAGUUUAAUCAAUCGAUGAGGUGAAUAUUGUGUAUGAACGUUCAGUUAUAAGUUUUAAUUUAAUUUCAAAGGCGAAUAAUGGCGCCUGUUAUUAAUCACAGUGAGAAUGUGAAACUCAUUAUCGAGCGCCAUGUUAAAAAUAACCAAGUUAUGUUAUUCAGCAAGUCUUAUUGUGGGUUUUGUAGUCAGGUGAAGAAAAUCUUUCAAUCACUUGGCACUCCAUAUUUUAGUCUUGAAUUAGAUGAACUGGAUAAUGGUUCUGACAUUCAAGCCGAGUUGACAGCACAGACCGGCCGUCCUACCGUUCCUCAAGUGUUCGUCAAUGGAGCCUACAUUGGAGGUUGUGAUGAUACUCACGCAGCUUAUAGCAGUGGAAAAUUGGCCCAGCUACUGAACCCGCCUGAUGACCAAUAUGAUUUUGACUUGAUUGUCAUAGGUGGAGGCUCUGGCGGUCUUGCAGCAUCGAAAGAAGCUGCGAAGCUUGGGAAAAAAGUGGCAGUUUUUGACUUUGUGACACCAACUCCAAAAGGAACUACAUGGGGACUUGGAGGAACCUGUGUGAAUGUAGGAUGUAUCCCUAAAAAGCUGAUGCACAGAGCAGCAAUUUUAGGUGAAUCCCUUGAAGAGGCAAAGAAGUUUGGAUGGGAUGUACCAGAUCAUGUUCAACAUUCGUGGGAGAAAAUGACGGGAGAGAUUCAGAAUUACAUAGGGUCACUUAAUUGGGGUUAUCGAGUGGCUUUGCGUGAGAAGCAAGUGAAAUACAUCAAUGCUCAUGCAGAGCUUGUUGGGGAUCAUAAAAUUAAGGCUGUCGAUAAGAAGAAAAAGGAAAGUUUUCACACUGCCAAACACUUCAUCAUUGCUACAGGAGAAAGACCGAGGUAUCCUAAUUGUCCAGGAGCUAAAGAAUACGGCAUCACCAGUGAUGAUCUGUUCUCAUUACCAUAUUGUCCUGGAAAGACGUUGUUAAUUGGGGCUUCCUAUGUGUCUUUGGAAUGUGCUGGGUUUCUGAAAGGAAUAGGCCUAGAUGUGACGGUGAUGGUUCGGUCCAUAUUACUCCGAGGAUUUGACCAGAAUAUAGCUGAAAGAAUUGGCUCUCACAUGUCGGAGCAUUGUGGAAUAAAGUUCAUUCGACCGUGUGUUCCUACAAAGGUUGAAGAAAUUGAGCCAGGACAGCCAGGAAAACUGAGGGUUACUGGGAAAAUGGUAGACUCAGGAGAAGAGGUUGUUGGAGAUUAUAAUACAGUAAUUUUUGCCGUUGGAAGAGAUGCCUGCACCUCCGGUAUUGGUCUCGAUGUAGCUGGGGUACAAGUAAAUUCAAAAAACGGGAAAAUACCAACGAUGGCAGAGCAAACAAACAUUCCACAUAUCUAUGCAAUUGGAGACAUUCUAGAGGGCAAGUUGGAGCUAACUCCCGUGGCUAUUGAAGCAGGAACCCUACUAGCUCGACGGCUUUAUGGAAAUGGAGAAUUACAGUGUGAUUAUCUCAAUGUGCCUACUACAGUUUUUACACCACUGGAGUAUGGUUGUAUUGGAUACCCUGAAGAGCAUGCAAUAGAAAAGUAUGGAGAGGAGAACAUUGAAGUCUACCAUACCAAUUUCCUGCCUCUGGAGUGGACAGUACCAAAGAAAAGUGAAAAUGUUUGCUACGCAAAACUCAUUUGCCUCAAACCAGAAAAUGAGCGAGUGAUUGGGUUUCAUUAUUUAGGACCUAAUGCAGGAGAGGUAACUCAGGGAUUUGCCAUAGGAAUUAAGAAAGGAGCAACAAAAGCAGAUUUUGAUGCCACUAUAGGAAUCCACCCAACUUGUGCUGAGGUGUUUACAACCUUGUCGGUGACUAGAAGAUCUGGGGAAUCCAUUAAGCAAAAAGGUUGCUGAGGUUAAUUUCCUGCUGUAGAAGUGUAGAUGGAGCUAAUGUUAUCAAAAAAUAAAGUACUUAAAUAAUAUGUCAUACUGAUGAUUCUAAUGUUAUGGUUGUUAUCAUACCACAAAUAAUUUGGUUUUAUGAUUUUAAAAGUUUUGAUUUUAUAAUAUUAAAUUCUUUGACUGUUAAUAGAAAAUACAUUGUUAAACUACAAUCUUGAUUUAUCUCUGUAAAUUAUAGUAUACUUAUUGAUUGUAAUAAGCCAUACAUGACAUUAUCAAUUAAUUAGUGCUUUAGUUCAAUAAAACAAAGCUCCACCUUCUACAGCAGGUGCAUAAUUGUCGUAAGGAACUUCUUUAGAUCACUUCUUUAAUAAAUAUGACGACAUUAGUCCCAAACCUGCUCUAACAGGAGGCUGACUGUCUGAUGGAUUAAAGAAAUUCCUUUGUUUUUGAUCUGUAAUGAGAUUAUUGUGAAUGUAUUUGAAAUAAAAGUUCUGUGGUUAGAAAUCUUGAA